AUGAACACCGAAGAAACAGUUUGUGCAAUAGAGCAACUUCCAUUCGAGAUGUUGUGUAAAAUAUUUGAUUACCUCGAUAUAUGGAGCGUGAAGUAUUGUUCUCGUACAUGUCGACGCUGGCAAAAAACAAUUUUUUCCGAUUACUAUAUUAAAAGGUUCUGCUUUACCGUGAGGCUUCCAUCCUGCUAUAACACGACACGCGAAAUGGAAAAUUCGGAUCGUCUGUAUUGUAAUAUGCAUAUCAACUUAAAUAGCGAUUGCUCCUCAAAUUCAAAUGAUGGCCGUACUUUCAACACACUUUAUAGCAUAUUUUGCUAUCCAAAGCUGGAACAGUUGGUUACAUUGAAAUUAACGAUCGAAGAUAAUCUAUCUGAAUGUAUUAGGAUGAUAAUGGAUGCCAUUACACGUAUGAAAGUACUUCGAGAACUGCACAUUGAAAGCACUGAUUGCUAUACAAAGCGCAAAGUGAACAUUUUGAAAAUUCGUAGCAAAUCCAUUGAGCUGCUUGUCUUAAGAGGUAUAGAACCCAGUCUUAUAAAAACGCCGAAGCUUUCGUCACUGCACAUCACUACGAAAACGCUCAUCGACAAAAGGCUACAAAUAGCUAACGAGAAACGGCUGUUCUCUUUUCGAAUACCUAGCUUAAAAUCUCUGGAAAUCGAUAAAGGUGCUUCAUCCAGUUUAGCCAUCAUUAACAACAUGGAACAUGUACUACGGUUCUUAAACAAUCACAAGCAACUGGAAAAAUUGAACCUGAUGCAUGUGGAUCUUUCUGGCUUUUUGUUCAAAGCAAUCUGCGAAAACUGCACCAAUCUAAAAGAAUUAUCAAUUGAGUCAUUGGUUAUACUCGAUACCUCUACAUUGCUACAUCUUUCGAACCUUGCUAAGCUUCGACAUAUUCAAUUCAACAAAAUAACUUGCCUGGAACCUGUGUCGUUUCAAAACGUGAAAUUGCCCAACCUGGACUCACUGGGAAUCGGAUCUUUCCCACUACACUAUGAAACGUUAGAUGCAUUUGAAUCUGUUAGCAAAAUUACUAUUCUGAGCAAUAACAUCUCAACGGAUUUCAUAACUGCCCUUGCUAUUAAAAUACCGAAGCUGAAACAGGUUGAACUUAAAGAAUUAUUCACAGGAACAAUACGACUAUUGAAAAUGCUCCCUACAUUAGAAGUACUCGUUGUGCCAUUUCCAUUAUGUAUCUUAAACGAUGAACAUCCAGGCAUUACUAAGAUCAAAGAAAUCCAUUGCCGAUUGGAAUAUACACCACGCUCCUCUGAUAUUGCAAUUUUGCGCUCCCUUUUGCCUACAUUGCAAUUGAUCACAGCUGGGAAUAACUUUAAAAUCAGAUUCCAGAACUGA